UACUGUUUACUGCUAACAGCUUGAGACGAGGCAAACAGCUGCGUGAAUUCACCGUUGUUUGUCUUCUAUGGCUCGAUAGGCUAUAUAUGGGAUGAGAAACUGAAACAGUAAAGGCAUCGCAACGUCAGUGAAAAUGAUAAGGAGGAUAAACCCUCGCGCGAGACCAAGAGAAAUCUAACGUUAUUCUGACAGCUCUCUCACAAAGACGGCUGCGAAGGAAUGCAGAGCAAAGCUUUGAACUAGAAAGACCACCGACGCUUCGUUUGCAAGUACCAGAGCAGAAUUUGCAGGGUAAACAUGCAGCGGAUGAAAAACGGGCAGAAAUCUGCCUGAGUGGAUCUGGAGUGUGCUGAAGCGCUUCUUUCGCACCUUUGUUUGGCACCGUCUGCAAUAACUUCCACAAUGGCUCUGGUCAUGGAACCUGUAAGCAGGUGGUCAACAAGCCAGGUGGUCGACUGGAUGAAAGGUUUGGAUGACUGUCUACUGCAGUACAUUAAGAACUUUGAGCAGGAAAAGGUGGGCGGUGAACAGUUGUUGAGAAUCACCCAUCAGGAGCUCGAGGAUCUGGGCGUUUCUCGAAUCGGCCACCAGGAACUCAUUCUAGAGGCUGUGGACCUGCUUUGCGCACUGAACUAUGGACUAGAAACAGAGAACCUGAAGACUCUGACCCAUAAGCUGAACGCGUCAGCCAAGAACCUGCAGAACUUCAUAACGGGCCGGCGGAGGGGCGGUCACUAUGACGGCAGAGCCACCCGAAAACUUCCUAAUGACUUUCUGACCUCUGUAGUGGACCUCAUCGCUGCCGCCAAGAGCCUGCUGGCUUGGUUGGAUAGGUGUUACUUCUUCAUCAGGUCUCCGUUCGCUGCCGUGGCAGACUACUCCAUGACCAGGAAUAAUGUGAUUCAGCUGUGUCUGGAGUUGACCACAAUAGUUCAACAGGACGGCACAGUGUAUGAGACAGAAAAUAAGAUACUGCAUGUGUGUAAGACACUGUCAGGCGUGUGUGACCACAUCAUUUCCCUCUCUUCGGACCCCAUGGUGUCCCAGGCUGCCCAUCUGGAAGUGGUGCAGCUGGACAACAUAAGGUCCACAGAGGGACUGGGCAUGUACAUCAAAUCAACCUAUGAUGGCCUACAUGUCAUCACGGGCACUACAGAGGGAUCGCUAGCUGACCGCUGUAAGAAAAUCCAUGCUGGUGAUGAGGUCAUACAGGUCAAUCAUCAGACAGUGGUGGGCUGGCAGCUGAAGAACCUAGUAAACUCUUUACGUAGCAAUCCUGCAGGUGUGACCCUCACGCUAAAGAAACGACCUCAAAGCACUCUCACGUCAGCCCCAGCCUUACUCAAGAACAUGAGAUGGAAGCCCCUCGCCCUGCAGCCCAUCAUUCCUCCCAGCCCCAGCAGUAGCAUGGCCACACCAUCCAGCACUCUCAGUACCCCAUCCAGACGGGACAGCUGCACUCUACAGGACCUCUUCAUCCCCCCUCCCCCAGAUGAGCUAUACACACCCAGAGACGACAUAGGAAAUCUGACCAGCAACUGCCAGCAGGCCGCUGAAGGUUCUGAUUCGCCCAAUUCCUUCAUGGAUCAGGAGUGCCGGAGGCGAUUCCCCCUGUUAGAUGAGGAUGCGGUCUUGUACUGUUACGAGUAUGAUCAGAAUCAGGGCCCUCCACCCGUACGCAGGGACAGCACUCCUACAUAUGGACGGCUGAGGCCUAUUUCCAUGCCCGUAGAAUAUAACUGGGUUGGAGACUAUGAAGAUCCCGCCAAGCUGAAGAAAGAGAUCAGAAGAGAAAACUCCCUGCUGCGAUAUGUAUGUGAGGACAAGGCAGGGACAGAGGAGUACCACACUGGACGUCGCAGUAGUCGGCGUAGUAGAAGGAAAAGUGAGAAAGGUGGUAGCCCCGCCCACUACGCCCUAGUCCCCACCCUGCAGAUUGACAUGCUGCAGCAGGACUCACUGGCCACACCCACAUCUGAAACCUCAUCUGUCUAUCUUACAUUUGAUCGAUCGUCCAUGCUUUCCCGGUCUAAGAAAGUGAAGUUAAGAGCUGGAUCCCUGCCCUCCAUUAGUAAGCGGCGAAUCUCCUGCAGGGACUUGGGUCAGGGUGAUUGUGAGGGCUGGCUCUGGAAGAAGAAGGAUGCAAAGAGUUACUUCUCUCAGAAAUGGAAGAAGUACUGGGUUGUGCUAAAAGAUGCCUGCCUAUAUUGGUACACCAAUGAAGAGGAUGAGAAGGCAGAGGGCUUUGUCAGCCUGCCUGAGUUCAACAUUGAUCAGGCCAACGAAUGUCGCAAAAAGUUUGCUUUUAAGGCUUGCCAUCCUAAAAUCAAGAGCUUCUACUUUGCUGCGGACAACAUGGAUGAUAUGAACAGGUGGCUCAGUCGACUGAACAUGGCGGCAACAGCUCACUCGGAGCAGAAGAGUAUUCGACAGGAUCAUGAUAGUAUGGGGACAGAUAGUAAUUUGCAUGAAAGACACUGGGGAAUGGCACACCCACUACAGGAUAUAAAUGCCCCUCUUGCUAUAGUUGUCCUUUGUUCUGGAUUUAUGGUUCUUGUUGCACCAAACUAUAAAAGUCGUAAAAUAUACAGACUACCAACUACCGUGCAUGUUGUCCCACCCUCUGUGUUACAGGCAAGUCCGUUCCAGGAGUCUCAACACAUCCGCCCACCCUCCGCAGAGACCAUCCAGUCCCGAUCCCCCCUCUCCGAGACACAGGGGGGCAGCGUGAGCAGCGCCAGCUCCCCUGGCCGAAAGUCUGCUAACCAGCGGCGUUCAUGGCAGGACCUCAUCGAGACACCCCUCACCAGCUCUGGCCUCCAUUUCCUCCAGACUCUGCCGUUGGAUGACUCCGUGUUCGUCGACCCCAGUCGAGCCAUGCCCGUCGAGCUCCGCCGCCAGUCGACGCUCCCCGCCCAGCACGGGCUGCCUCCAGAACACUACAUCCCGCCCACUACACCCACCCAGCCCAGCCAAAAGCCCAUCACAGCUAUAGGAAGAGUAGAAGGUUUAGAAGGUGGUGGAGUAGGAAGCAAGCACCGCAGUUUCACCUUGCCCCGUGACAGUGGUCUUCAUGCCAUCCUGGCUGCCACCAAUGCAGCUGAACACGCAGAUGCACAGCGCUACCACCUGGGCCGGGCCCAUGCCAGAGACACAGGUCCAGAGCGGGAGCGCAGGCACCAGGCUGACUCAUUGGGGUAUUUGUAUAGGGCUCUGGAGAGGACUAGUCUAUUACCCGUCAAUGAGUACAGGUCCUCUUCUCGAUUAGAGUACAAGCGAUCAUUCGUCCGCCGCUGCAAUGAUCCGUUACUUAAUGAAAAGCUGCACCGCCUGCGAAUCCUUCAAAACUCAUUCAAGGACAUCCCAUUUCAAGAGGCAGAGACUAAGAUCAUCCAUCGGGAUGUGUAGCCAGAGAUGCAGAGACACAGCAGGGCACAGCACCAGUCAUUUCAGCCAUAUCUGCUAAAAAAAGAUUCGCUCUCUUUCCCUGGAGGGUUCUUCUUAGUCUCUUAUCAAACAUCUACGUCUUUCCUAAGAAAUAUUUCUCACUCUUUUACUCUUUUUUUUGUUGCAGCAUUCAUGAUUUUCCUCUCGUUGCACUGACUUUCUUUGCUUUAUGUUAUUGCACAUGCUAAUAUUGCAUUAUUUUGUAUGUAAAGUUCUUUUCUCUUGAAUUAUUUGUGUUUGUAAUAAUGACUUUGGCCUCCAUCAGAGACAAAAUAACUGCACUUCCAAUGAACUCUACCCUACAGUAGUCUGUCAUGACUGAAAAAAAAAAA